AUGCUUGAAGGUAAAUUUGAUGAGGCCGCUCUUUUGAAGAAAAUUGUUGACUCAAUUAAAGACAGUGUUAAGUUGUGUAACUUCAACUGUACUGAGCAUGGGAUCACUGUGCAAGCUGUAGAUGACUCGCGUGUGUUAUUGGUCUCUUUGCUCGUUGGCCAAUCUGCUUUCAGUGAAUACAGAUGUGACAGAGACAUCACAUUGGGAAUUGACUUGGAAUCGUUUUCCAAGAUCAUUAAGUGUGGUAACAAUGAAGAUUACUUGACCUUGUUGGCAGAAGACUCUCCAGAUAAUGUGAUGACAAUCUUCGAAGACAAGAAGAAGGAAAGAGUCAGUGAAUACUCAUUGAAGUUAAUGGACAUUGACUCUGAAUUCUUGAAGAUUGAUGACAUGGACUACGACACCGUCAUAACCAUGCCAAGUGGUGAAUUCUCCAAGAUCGUCAGAGACUUGAAGAACUUGAGUGAAUCUUUAACCAUCAUAGUCACCAAGGACUCCGUCAAAUUCACCUCUGAAGGUGAGCUGGGAACCGGAUCUGUCGUGUUGAAGCCAUACACUGAUAUGGAUCACCCUGAAGAAUCCAUCAAGGUUAACUUGCUGUCGCCAGUCAACUUGACCUUCGGUUUAAAGUACUUGAGUGAUAUCAUCAAGGCUACCAGCUUGAGUGGAACCAUCACGAUAAAGUUGGCUGACAAGACCCCAGCCUUAUUCGAGUAUAAGUUAGAUGCCGGUGGUUACUUGAGGUUCUACCUUGCACCAAAGUUCGAUGAAGAUGAUUAA